AAUUUAUAUAGAAGCUGCACUUUUUACUAUUAAACACAAUUUUUUACAGUUUGACAUUCAAUAUAAUGAAAAAUUUUGUAAUGAAAUUUAAAGAGACUGUGAAUGACGAAAUAUUGACAAAAGAAUCACAUAAGGUCAAUUAUGAAAUGAAAAUUGUUUGGAAAAAUGUGAUUAUUUUCACUUAUAUUCAUCUUUCCAUCCUUUACGGAUUAUAUCUGUUUGCUUUUUACGCCAAACUGUGGACGAUUAUCUGGUUUUAUAUUAUUGCUGUUCUUUCGGGUUUUGGCAUUACUGCUGGCGCUCAUAGAUUAUGGUGUCAUCGGUCUUAUAAAGCGAAAUGGCCACUGAGACUCAUUCUUGUAAUUCUCAAUGCUGCUGCUCUCCAAGAUAACAUUUUCGUGUGGGUUAGAGAUCAUAGAACGCAUCAUAAAUUCACUGACACUGAUGCGGAUCCGUAUAAUGCGCGUAGAGGAUUUUUUUUCUCGCAUAUCGGAUGGCUUAUGGUUCAUAAACAUUCGGACGUCAUUAUCAAGGGUGCUACGAUUGACAUGAGUGAUAUAGAACAAGACCCCCUCGUGGUCUUUCAAAGAAAAUGGUAUUCAUAUUUGGUAGUACUCUGUUGCUUUAUCAUACCAAUAUUGGUACCUUGGUUGGCAUGGAAUGAGAGUUUCUGGUAUGCAUGGCACAUGUCCGUGUGCAGAUAUGGUUUAAAUUUAAAUUUUACUUGGGCGGUGAAUUCUGUGGCUCACUUAUGGGGUGAAAAACCAUAUAAUAAGUAUGCAUUUGUGCAGUAUAUGUGACUUAUUAUGUACAAAUAUAUAUGUAUAUAUAUUUAUUUAUUUAAAAUUAGUGAAUCGUAUUUAUAAUAAUUCACAUCAUAUCGGUGCUUAAAAAUUACACAGGCACACAAAAAAACAAAAGUGGUA